CCCUCCCGGAAGUGCCCUCGUCCCCUGCGCUGUGGCGGCUUGCCGGCCGCGUCGCGCGGCAGCUCCUGUACUUCACUGGCAGCCGGCGGAGGAGAGGCACCAGUCCGGGUUGGCUGAUCCGAGGCGACGACACUCACCGACCCGCUGGAGACUGGAGAGGAGCGCGGAGCCCCCGCGCGCACACACACACACACACACACACACACACACACACACACACACACACACCGCCUCGUCCGCACCGCAGCGCGCACAACGCCGGGAUGAACGCAGCAGCCCGCGGGAGGUUUGGACACGUUGGACCGCGGCGCGCACCGGACGACAGGAUUUAGUGGAAGAAGAAGUCGGGUCUCUCUUGGCCCGAGACGAGGAACUCGUGAGGGAGGAUUUCUGACUAAUUCCUCUUUUCCUUUUCUUUUCUUUUUUUUCUCCUCCCGUCGCCAAACCUGCUCCCCGAAGCGCGACACGAGGACCUGGGGAUUAAAGAGGAGAGUUUGGGAUUGUUGUUGUUUUACGAAGUUCACCGGAGAAUAAAGGCGGUGAUUCUUCUCCUGGAUGCAUGGUGACAUAUGAACGACUGAGAUUUGCUGUCGAAACGGAAUAAUCUGGGUCGCUGGCGGGGACGCCGCGGACAGCUUCCUGCGGCGCCGGAGGCCGCCGUUCUGCCGGACAGCAUGCGGGCGCAGGAUGUCGUCUGAGUCGGGCCUCGCCGCGCCGCGUCUCGCCGCGCCGUCCGGAGGGAUGACGGCUCUGUGGUGCUCCCUCUGGCUCUCCGUCGUCCUGCCUCUGUGCGUCGCGCCGGCCCGGCUGCCCACCGCUCCGCCCACAGACUCUGUGUCCGGCGAGACGGCCUUCCUGGAGGACUACGUCCUGGGCGUGGGGGACACCCUGGAGAUGUCGUGCGAGCUGGACGACCCGUCCCAGCCCGUCGCCUGGUUCAAGGACGGCAGGGGGCUGGCGCCCGGCAACCGCACGCGGCUGGGCCAGCGGAUGCUGCGCGUCAUCAACGUGUCGUACGAGGACUCGGGCGUCUACUCGUGCCGGCUCGCCCACGGCAACGCGCUGCUCAGCAACUACACCAUCAGGGUGACAGAUUCUCUGUCAUCUGGUGACGAUGAAGACUACGACGAAGAUCCAGAAGAUGCAGGUAAUGGAAAUGAAGCUCCUUAUUGGACCAGGCCCGACCGGAUGGACAAGAAGCUUCUGGCCGUUCCCGCCGCCAACACCGUCAAGUUCCGCUGUGCCGCCGCCGGCAACCCGACGCCGACCAUCCACUGGCUGAAGAACGGCAAAGAGUUCAAGGGCGAGCAGAGGAUGGGAGGCAUCAAGCUGAGACACCAGCAGUGGAGUCUGGUGAUGGAGAGCGCCGUGCCGUCGGACCGGGGGAACUACACCUGCGUGGUGCACAACAAGUACGGCACCAUCACCCACACCUACCAGCUGGACGUCCUAGAGCGCUCGCCCCACAGGCCCAUCCUCCAAGCGGGCCUGCCGGCCAAUCAGACGGUGGUGCUGGGCAGCGACGUGGAGUUCCACUGUAAGGUCUACAGCGACGCCCAGCCGCACAUCCAGUGGCUGAAGCACAUCGAGGUCAACGGCAGCCGCUACGGCCCCGACGGCGUGCCCUACGUCAACAUCCUGAAGACGGCCGGUAUUAACACUACAGAUAAGGAGCUAGAGGUUCUCUUCUUGACCAAUGUGUCCUUUGAGGAUGCGGGCGAGUACACUUGCCUGGCAGGGAACUCUAUCGGCUAUGCUUACCACUCUGCUUGGCUGACGGUGCUUCCAGCAGUGAGUCCAGAGAAGGAGGACUACUACGUGGACAUCCUCAUCUACGUGACGGGCUGCGUGCUCUUCAUCCUGGCCGUGGUCAUCGUCGUCCUCUGCCGCAUGAGGAUGACCACGCAGAAGACGCUGCCCACGCCGCCCGUGCAGAAGCUCUCAAAGUUCCCGCUCAAGAGACAGGUAACAGUUUCCUUGGAUUCCAACUCCUCCAUGAACUCCAACACGCCGCUGGUGAGGAUCGCCCGCCUGUCGUCCAGCGACGGGCCGAUGCUGGCCAACGUGUCGGAGCUGGAGCUGCCGUCCGACCCCAAGUGGGAGUUUCCCCGAACGCGACUCACUCUGGGCAAACCUCUGGGCGAGGGCUGCUUCGGUCAGGUGGUGAUGGCCGAGGCCAUCGGCAUCGACAAGGAGAAGCCCAACAAGCCGCUGGACGUGGCCGUGAAAAUGCUGAAAGACGACGCCACGGAUAAAGAUUUGUCCGACCUGGUGUCAGAGAUGGAGAUGAUGAAGAUGAUCGGGAAACACAAAAACAUUAUCAACCUUCUGGGAGCGUGCACGCAGGACGGUCCCCUGUACGUCCUGGUGGAGUACGCCUCUAAAGGCAACCUGAGGGAGUACCUGCGGGCGCGGCGGCCGCCGGGCAUGGACUACUCCUUCGACACGUGCAAGAUCCCGGACGAGCAGCUCACCUUCAAAGACCUGGUGUCCUGCGCCUACCAGGUCGCCCGAGGCAUGGAGUACCUGGCCUCGCAGAAGUGUAUCCACAGAGACCUGGCGGCCAGAAACGUCCUGGUGACGGAGGACAACGUGAUGAAGAUCGCGGACUUCGGUCUCGCCAGAGACGUGCACAAUAUAGACUACUACAAAAAGACCACGAACGGUCGUCUGCCCGUGAAGUGGAUGGCUCCGGAGGCGCUGUUCGACCGGGUCUACACGCACCAGAGCGACGUGUGGUCCUACGGUGUGUUGCUGUGGGAGAUCUUCACCCUGGGAGGUUCGCCGUACCCGGGCAUCCCCGUGGAAGAACUCUUCAAGCUGCUGAAGGAGGGACAUCGGAUGGACAAACCCGCCAACUGCACCCAUGAGCUGUACAUGAUCAUGAGGGAGUGCUGGCACGCCGUGCCCUCGCAGAGGCCGACCUUCAGGCAGCUGGUAGAAGAUCACGACCGGGUUCUGUCGAUGACGUCCACCGACGAGUACCUGGACCUGUCGGUGCCCUUCGAGCAGUACUCGCCCACCUGCCAGGACUCCAACAGCACCUGCUCCUCCGGCGACGACUCGGUGUUCGCCCACGACCCGCUGCCCGACGAGCCCUGUCUGCCCAAGCAGCCGCCCGCCGCCGGGGCGGCCCGGACGUAGAGGGCCGAGCGGCGGCGGGACGUUGACCUCCGCUCGCAGCGCGGGACCAAUAAUCACCUCAAGAUAUGGAAAUAUGAAAAGAAAAGAAAACACUCAGCAUGCAAUACUUGGGAUUCCAAAUCCUCCUCCUCCUCCUCCUCCUCAAGCGACUCUUUUAAACAUUGAAGGAUUAUUCUUUUUCUUUUUCUUUUUUUUUGCCGUUGAACCGCGAUUGUGUUCCUUGUUUUUUUUUUUUUGGUAUUUUUUUUCGGGGAAAUGAAAUAUAUAUUUUUGUACUCGGGCCAGUCUUUUUGUUACGGACAAUCUGUGGGGGUGAAACCAUUCCGUGCCUACUCGGGACAAAAAAACAGAAAGGAUAUAAGAGGAGGGGAAUGAAGGGAACUUUUGUUGUGGCGACCCGGACGGCGAGGACCUCCCCCCCCCCCCCCCCCCCCCCCCCCCCCCAAAACAAAAGACAAGAUACCAGCAAGAAAACCUUCUGUCAACUGUCACAGAAGGGAUUGUACAGUAUGAGAGCGUAUACACGUGAAAUUAUUCACCCAUCACGUCACAUUUUAGCCGUUUCUGGUGAUAAUCAUGGAACAAGGUUUGUGUCCGGGCCGCUCAGUGAUGAGGUCCCGUGAGGUCCGGAGGGUGUGUUUUUUAUGUAUCUAGAAGAAGAAGAAAAAGGAUUUAUUGUAAAUUAUAUAAAUGCAAAUAUGUAUCAUAUUGCUGUCCACAGCCAUGUGCUUAAAAGACAAAACAUUCAUUUUUUUUUCGUUCUUUUCCUCUAAAGUGUUGUUUUAGGAUGGAAAGCGUUGCGAUCUUGAAGACACUGUCAUGAACGUGCAAAACAUUUGAAUGGUUUUUAAGUGAUACAGAGGAAAAAAAAAAAAAGGUUUAUUUGAAUAAUUAACGUGUAUAUUUGUAAAGAUAUUUAUAGACUUAACAUGUGGUUCUUAAAGUACGAAAGGUCUAGUUUAGGGUUUUGUAGUACUGUAACGCAGAGAUUUUUAUUUCUUUUCUUUUUUUUGUAACUUAUUUUACAACAAAACUGCGACGUUAUUUUUCACAACUUGCAGACUCCUCUAGUUUUUGGGUUUUUUUCAUCCAUCUUUUUGUUUGUUCGUUUACAGUUUUUGAGAAAUAAGAAUGUAUGACAGACAGGUGAUUUCUUUUGAGAGCCCGAGUCGGACUGAAGGCUCCCGCUGACAGAGGAGCUGGAUGUUUCCCGCUCAGCUCCGAUUCUGGGUUUUUUUGUUUUUUUGUUUUCUUUUAAAGUUGACGUUUGCAAUAUCAAAGCAACGAUUAACUCUUGCUGGGCAAGAAAUAGCAGCGCUUGGAGAGACGUGCACCCGAGAGGCCUUUUGGUACGACUGAGGUACUCAGAGACGUAUCGAACAACAAUGAACAACUGUGAAUCGUGAAGCCUUCAGAGAAGCUCAGCGGGGGGAAGAAAGCCCCGCGGCCGAUAAUAUUUCCACAAUCCAGCUAUAAGACGGAUUUGCAGCCAAUUUAUUCACUUCCGCAACAUUUUGUUUGUGUAAAAUCGACGUCCCAUCGCUUAAAAACACCCAGAACCCACAAUGCAACGCUCCCCCUACUGGAGACGAGGGUUACUGCAACACCACAAAAGAAAAGCAGAUAUGAUAAAUGACGAAUCAACUAAAACAUUGAGUGUAAGAGAAGUCGGUUAGCAAACGCAAAAAUUACGCAAUGAACUACAUUUCCCAGAAUGCUUUUCAGGGCCGCUACAAGGGAACUUUCUUAAACCGGUGGCGUUCAGAGAAGUGAAUGUUGCAUUUUUGUACUUUUUGCAGCUGCAAUGCUAGAGAGCAGAAACGAAGCUUAAAGCGUCUAAAAGAGGAGCCCUCGCUUCUCGAUUCUGAGAUGGCGUUUACCACGUAUAGACACGAAUAAAUUGAAAACGCCGGCGUUAAAGCAAACAUAGAUGGACUUUGUUUUUUCUUUCUCCUCGAGGUUUUUCUGAAGGCUUCAAACUCUUUAGUUAGUGACAGAAAAGGUCAGUGGUUAGUGACACUCAUGGGCUCAGAGGCAGAAACGUGAAGCUGUUACGUCCGUAUGUGCUCGAGUGUUCAUUAAAAAAAAAAAAACACAACAACAACAACAACAACAACCACAACAACCACAACAACCUGCCCAGGCGCU